AUGAAAGACAAUACACUUGAAAGUAAGUUGAUAAGUUGGGAGCCAUGUCAAGUAGACAAGAAUUGGUUUGUGGAUGCCAUCAGACCAGAAACCUGGUUAUCGGACAAGCACCUUGAUGUGGCAAUGUACCAUAUUCGUAGAAGGAUUGCCAAUAACCCUGAAGUUUUUAAGAAGAAGUCUGCAGUGCUCGACAGUUUUUUCUUUGUCCGGGUUACGCAAGCUUUCAUACUUUUCAAUGAAAGCAAGGAUUGUUCUUGGGACAAUGAUAAUCUGAUUUUGGACUAUGUAAUAGGAGAAAGUCCAGUGAAAUCUGUGUCUUGGUCUAACGUAGACUACGUUUACUUCCCUGCCAACUUCAACAAUACACAUUGGGUGGCUGUAGAGAUGAUCUUGGGGGAAAGACAAAUUAACGUGUAUGACUCGCUUACAAGCUGCACAAAAAUUCCAAAAUUUAAUGAAUUAAUGCAGCCCUUGAAGUUGAUGAUGCCAUACAUAUUAAGAGCAGCUGCGUUAAAUGAUGAAAAUCUCUCUUCCUGGAAACUUAAAAGGGUAACGUCCUGCCCUCAGCAAAAUAAUGGAGGAGAUUGUGGCAUGUUCACCAUCAAGUUCAUUGAAGUAUUAACUGCAAGCAUGCCAGUUAGUCUAAUAACUCAAGAGGACAUGGUAUUCUACAGGAAAAAGUUCACUAUGGAGGCAUGGGGUGGAGAAUUUUUAAUGUAA